AUCCAUAACUGUUACACAUUCCUAAUUAGCCCCAUCCAAAGGCGGUGAGAAUUGAGCACCCUAUAAAACCAAGAAAACAUCUUUACUCAUCAAGAACAACAACAAAAAUGGCGUCAUCAGAAUCCAUGGACGACAAGGCAUUUUCAGAGAGAGUCAAGAAAACGUUCGGAUCCCUCUUCGCAACUCUAGAACCCUCCCCAAAAUCUCUCUCAAACCCACUUUGGUCGCUCACAGAUUCCCAGGUUGAGAAGAAAGAGUGGCGCCGUGACAUCGACACUUCUAGAGAUUCCAACCCUUGUUCUUCCUCCUUCGACGAUUUUCUCUCUCAUGCCCGCAAAAACUCCCGUAAAAACCUAAGUAAUUAUCGCAAAGAGCUCAAGGAUGACGGUAUCGAAGGUCUCGACGAUGUGGAUGACGAAGAAGAAGAAGAUGAAGAAGAAGAAGAAGAAGCUGAGAAGGUUGAUUUAAAUGAUUGGGAUGUCAAAGGUUCUAUCGGUUUGGAUUCUACUCUAGAUAAUGAGGCUGAAGAAGAUACUUUUGACAAAGUUGCCUUAGGAAGGGAGAAUGCCGGUGAUCGGUUGUAUAUGGGGGACGUUACUGGUAGCCAUGAUUCACAUUUCGGCGUUCUCGAUGAACUUCCUGGUGCUGUUGGGAUUCUUAGGGGAAAGGAUCCUCGUGCUAAUCGCCAGGCUGCAAGGAUUAGAUUGAAAGAAGACGAUGCAGAAGCUGCAGCUGCACAGGCUGAACAUAAACCUGAGCAGUCUCCUUCAACCGCUGAUAGAGAUUCUGCUAUGUCAACUGAAGGUGUUGUUGGCAAGUUAUUGAAACCUAUAUUAAAAAGAAAGGAGUGUGAAUCAACGUCAAAGCCGGCAAAACGUGUCAGGUUUGACCCUGUUUGUCUAAGCAAUGACAAGGCAGCUGGUGAAGUUCCAAGUAAUAUGACAUGGGAGAAAACUAUUACCGAAGUUAUUGGGUCUGAGUCGAAUAAGAGUGCUUCUCGGGUCCCGGAUUAUAUUCAAAAUCCUUCCAAAUAUACAUGCUAUACUCUUGAUUCCACUGAUGAAAUGGGCAGUAAGUCAAACACGGGUGCUUAUUUGGAGUUUGUUGAGAUGAUGAAGGCAAAGAACGUGAUGUCAGAACCUGACUCAGAUGUUUCUACUGAUCUUCCAAAAUCAGUAACCUUUAUUCCGAAGAAAAAGUCAGAUACUACGAAAGGUGGCUUUAGUGAAGCGAGUCAAGAGAAAGGAGGUGAUACAAAGUGUCCUCCCACGCAAUCAACCUUUCUUGAUGUGGUAGCUGAGGAGCAGGAGACGGAAGUUGGUGACAUGGAAGUUGAUGAACCUGAAAGCGCUGAAACAAGUGCCGGGUCUGAUAGAGGCAUCAUGUUUAAGAAGCAGGGACGUCAGUAUCGAAAGCCCCAGGGAGAUGAGACUACCUAGAUGGUAUGUUUGGUAGUGUACUCCUGUACUAUUGCUAGCCUUUUGCACAACUGUACUUUGUGGCGAGCAUGGGCUCAUUUGUGGUAACUUCCAAGUUCCAACAAGUUUAUGAAAAGCAAAGCUGUUGGUGGAUUCUGCUACUUGCAAUCUUGCAUUGUCUCGAGAUAAUUUGUAAGUUUAACUACUCCACUUAAUAUUAAGUUCUGUUUCCCUGAUUUGUUUGUGAAAUGUUGGAUAGAUGGCUAUGCUUAUGCUUGCUAGAACUUGAUUUGCUUGACGGGGAGCAAUGUUUUGUUUUGUUGUUGUACGUAGUAUUUCUUAUCUAAAAUUGUUCCAAGAUUCACCCCUUCGAUCUGAUAGGGAGGCAUUAUACAUUAUACCUGAGUUUCCCACCCUAGUUGGUACCUCCCCUGCAAUAGAAGGCUAAUCUAUGUGGAUGCUGUAUGCUGAACGUUUGAGCUUUGAUUAUCUGAUACAAUGACAGUAUAGUCAUUAUGAUCUGUAUCUCUACUCGCCUUUUCCAAUAUGUUACCCCGUAAUGGAUAGUUAUGCACUUAUGCUUAUGGCUAAUAA